GUUCUAUGGCUAACUUUUUAAGAGUAAACAGUAAUGGCUCAGCCGUAUUUAGAUGGUAUACCAACAAACCGACUCCCAUACAAUAGCCGUCAGAGAAAACCUAGCAGUGAAAGCGAUGUGAGUUCCGCUGAUAAUGCAGAUGGCCCGGGAGCAGAUGAGUACAAAUUUAUAGAGACAUCUCACUCUCAAGAGGUUCUGUUGGGCUUGAAUGAAUUGAGGAAGGAGGGUCACUUCUGCGAUGUGACUCUUGCAGUGGAAGGUGCAAAGUUUCCAGCUCACAAGAAUGUUUUGGCUUCCUUCAGCCCAUAUUUCAAGGCCAUGUUCACCAGCAAGCUGGCGGAGUCGCGGCAGGACGUGGUGGCGGUGAGCGGCGUGGAGCCGGCCAUGAUGGAGCUGCUGCUGGGCUACGCGUACACGGGCUCCGCUGCGAUCACGCGCGGCAACGUGCAGUCCCUGCUGUCGGCUGCCAACCUGCUGCAGGUGCUGCCCGUCGAGGAGGCGGCGUGUCUCUACCUGGAGCGCCACAUGGACACCACCAACUGCGUCGGCAUACACUGCUUCGCCGAGGCCCACGGCUGCUCCGGCCUGGCCACCAAGGCCUGCAUGUACUCCCUGCGGAAUUUCUGGGAUAUCGCUCAUGGUGAGGAGUUUGUGAGCUUGUCUGCUCCUAAGCUGGUAGAGUUCAUCAGCAGUGAUGACCUCAUGGCAGAAAAAGAAGAGACUGUGUUCCAAGCUGUCAUUCGGUGGUACAGCCAUGAUCCUGACUCUCGAAAGCAAGACUUUCACAAGGUUCUGGAGCACGUACGGCUGCCCCUUCUGAGCCCGUACUUCUUGCACGACUGUGUGGAGAGUCAGGCAGUGGUCCGCGACUCACCUGAGUGUCAGCAGCUGGUCGAAGAGGCCAAGAUGUACCAUCUGCUGCCAGAUCGUAGAAUGGAGCUGCAGUCUUCCCGGACGAAACCUCGAAGGAAUGCAGAAACCAUACAGGUGAUUGUGGCGGUAGGAGGUGAAGAUGACAAAGUGGUGCUGCGGUCUGUCGAGUGCUACGACACAGUCUCGCGGACCUGGAGAGCACUCGCCUGUCUGCCGUUUGCUGUCAGCAAGCAUGGACUUGUGGCUUCGGGCAAGAACACCUUGUACCUCGCCGGCGGCGAGUUCCCAGACGGCAGUGCUUCGCGCUCCAUGUGGCGAUACGACCCCGUGCUGGACGUGUGGCAGGAGAUGGCGCCCAUGCUUGUUCCUCGCUCGGAGCUCGGACUGGCGUUGCUGGACGGAAACGUUUAUGCAGUAGGGGGCUGGGAAGGUUCUUUCCGGCUCGACACAGUGGAACGCUACAACCCGGAAACUAAUUCCUGGCACUUCAUCCCGCAGAUGAGGAUAGCAGUAACCAGCCCCGCUGUGGUCUCUCACGACGGCAUGUUGUAUGUCACAGGAGGGGCAGUGCUGGAGGAUGGAGACGGCAUAGAACUGGUCCAGAGGUACGACCCCAGAACCAGCACCUGGACAGAGCUAGCACCGAUGCUGAUACCUCGCAGUGGCUCCGCAGCUUGUGUUCUGAACGGAUACAUAUACGUUAUUGGUGGCUGGCAUGCCUCGACAGAGAACACCAACAAGGUAGAGCGGUACAACAUGCAGACAAACACUUGGGAGUUCAAAGCUCCUAUGAGGGAGCGAAGGUACAGGCCAGGUGUGGCUGUGGUGGACCGCCACAUCUACGUCCUGGGCGGGGAGGAAGGCUGGGACCGGUACCACGACACCAUCGAGUGCUACAACCCAGACACUGACUCUUGGCAGUUGACGGGUGACAUGCCCACCUCCCGCUCAUGGCUCAGCUGCGUGACGUUGCAGGUGACGUGUGCUGUGACGACGGCUCACGUAACUGUCGUGCAAGGUGUUCUGCGAGGAAUCCAGCAGACCUCCAGAGCUUCUGGAAAGCCCUACUACAGCUUCCAAGGCAUUCCUUAUGCAAAGCCUCCGGUCGGGCCACUGCGAUUCAAGGCCCCGCAAGAGCCACUGUCGUGGACCGGAGUACGAGAUGCGCUCCACGAGGGUGCCUCCUGUCCGCAGGUUCGAAAGAAUCAUGAAGACUGCCUUUUCCUCAACGUGCACACACCUCAGCUGCCCGGCAGUGGUAGCAGCACCCUGAAGCCUGUCAUAGUGUGGAUACAUGGUGGAGGAUUCAUCAAAGGUUCUGGUUCUACUAAUGGAUUUGGACCAGAUUACUUCGUCGAUGAAGGUGUCCUAAUGGUGACCUUCAAUUAUCGCCUGGGAGUUAUUGGUUUUCUAAGUCUGGAGGGCACAGAUGUGGCUUCGAAUGCAGGUCUGAAGGACCAAGUAGCAGCUCUUCGCUGGGUGAAGAAAAACAUUGCCAAGUUUGGAGGAGACCCGGAUAACGUUACUAUCUACGGACAAAGUGCGGGCUCUGCUAGUGUUAGCUAUCAGGUGCUGUCUCCUAUGUCGAAAGGUUUGUUUCGUCGAGCCAUUGCCCAAAGUGGCUCAGCCCUGAACCCAUGGGCGUUCAUGAGCAACCCUCGCGAGCGAGCUUUCCGCCUGGCCCGUGUCCUGGGGUACAAGGGAAACGACAGCAGAGAAGUUGUGCAACUGUUCAGGAACGUCACUGCAGAUAGGCUCAUCGCAGAACAGUCGGCAGCAUUGACAGCAGAGGAGAAGAGUGACGGCCAGAUAUACGGCUUCGUGGGAGCCAUAGAGAAGUCUGUGUCUAGUGGCGAUGAAGUUUUUCUACCCGAUAGCCCACACAACCUCCUUAAGUCUGGGAACUUCAACAAAGUAUCAUACCUUGCUGGCGACUGCUCAGCAGAAUACGGCAUUACUGCGGCUACUCUGAACAGCACUCCUGCUUCAACCUGGGCCAACUUGAACAAGAACUACGAGGUGUUCGUGCCUGCAGACCUUGGACUGAAAAAAGGGUCGGAAAAAUCUCUAGAGGUUGCCGAGAAAAUUAAGAAAUUCUAUUUUGGUUCCCAAGGUAUUUCACUGAAUACUGUGGAGCAGUACUACAAUCUUAGGAGUGAUCUGAUGUUCGUAAAAGGUGUCUAUAAAUACUCCAUGGAUGUCAUUCGUCAUUCAUCUGCCCCUGUGUAUAACUACCUGUUCAGCUACAACGGGAGGUUGGGGAAGUCCAGUGUGCAUGGUGCCACACCUCUUUACGGACCGAGCCACACAGAUGAUCUGACCUACCUUUUCUAUUAUACAGCAGCCACUACGCCAUUUCCUGCCAACUCAAGUGAGCGGAUAACACAGCAACGAAUGGUGUCCAUAUGGACUAACUUUGCAAAGACAGGGAAUCCAAGCCUUGGAUUGAAAAUCAGUUGGCCCGCCAACACUGCCACAAACACUCACUGCCUGAACAUCAACGCUACGCUUAGCAUGGAAAAUGGCUUUGAGAAAACAAGAAUGAGUUUCUGGGAUAGUAUUUACAAAUUGUACGGCAAAGACGACUAGCGAAGAUAUCAUUUUGUGAUAUUCAGAUAUAAAUGUGUAUCUGAAAAUAAGUGUAUGAUAAAAGAUUGUUAAAUGA